AUGACCAAGGAGUCAUGGGUGGUGUUAAUGCAUCUCCAAAGAGGUUAUCUAGCAGACAGGAUCGGUCGUAUCAACGGUCUCUUCAUUUCUGCAUGGUUUGCUCUGAUCGGUGGCGCUCUCCAGGCUGCCACUCAGUCGAGUGACUUCAUUCUGGUCGCUCGUGUUAUUACUGGCAUUGGCACAGGCGCUCUUACUGGCAUCACGCCGGUGCUUGUUUCCGAAACAUCAACAGCACAACACAGAGGCGGGUACCUGGGAUAUGUGUUCAUUGCCAAUUACCUCGGUAUCGCGGUGGCCUAUUGGCUUUCUUUCGGUCUAUCGUUCGUGGACGGCGGCUACUCAGACGUUCGUUGGCGCUUUCUGCUUGCAUUCCAGUGCUUCCCUGCACUACUGCUCCUGGCUGGCAUCAAGUUUCUACCCGACAGUCCUCGAUAUCUUGCGUCAGUCGGCCGACUAGAUGACGCACGAGAAGUUUUAGAGCACGUUCGUGGCAACUCAGGUCCCGAAGUUCAACACGAAUUCCUUGAAAUAGCUGCUGUUGCCAAGGGGAGCCAGAAAAGCUCACCCAUCCAAUUCGCCAAGAUUUUGGCUGGAAAGGGUGGAAAGCCUGGUCAUCAUCUUGGCCGACGAGCAUGGCUUUGCUUGAUUCUACAAAUAAUGGCAUCAUGGACUGGUAUCACAGCCGUCACCGCGUACUCCCCUGUCCUGCUUUCCGCCGCAGGAUAUGACUCGUUGACCCAGAAUGGCCUCGCGGGUGGCCUAAGUACUGUUGGUAUCAUCGGAACCAUCAUCAGCGCACAGAUCGUUGACCGUCUGGGUCGCCGCACAUGUCUUAUGGGAGGUGCUUUUGGUCUGUUCGCCGUUAAUCUCAUUGCUGCGAGCGUUUACGAAGGUGCGCGAGCACAUCCCGACAAGUCAUCGCAGUUUGCUCCAGCUGCUGUAACUAUGCUGUUCCUCUUCAACAUCUGUUAUGCUGCAACCUGGGGUACUGUCGCCUUCCUUGUGCCUACAGAGAUUUGGUCUUCGGACAUGAGGGCACAAGGCAAUGGAUUUGGAAUCACUGGCUGGGCAAUUGGCGUUGGCUGGACUGUUCUCGUCAAUCCCAUCAUGUUCGAUAAGCUCGAAAAUAGGACUUAUUUCCUUUUCGCUGGGCUGAAUCUUUUGUGGAUCCCAAUUGUGUACUUCUUCUAUCCUGAGACUGCGGACCGAUCAUUAGAGUCCAUCGACGCACUAUUUUCUACCAACAGCCCAUUCAACUGGGCCAUGGAGCGGGCGUAUCGUGAACAUGGCGACGUGCUGGCUGAGAUGAGACAGUCGGAUGUGUCCGUGAAGGAGGAUGGGAGCGAGGGGGAGAGGACACAUGAAAUCAAGCACGCGGAGGUUUGA